GGAAGCCGACGCGGUGCUCCGGCGGAGUCCAGGUACGGACCUGCUAGUUCUUCCUGCUCGCCUACCCCGGCCCAGGUAACGCUGAGGGUCUCACUAUUUAUCUCUGGCUGUCCUGAAACGCACUCGGUAGACCAGUCUGACCUCAAACCUAUAGAAAUCCUCCUGCCUCUACCUCCGAAGUGCUGGGAUUAAAGGCGUGCACCGCUCGCCGUGUCAGGACUUUUGAAAUUCCUUCCGGAAUUGAAGGAUGGCUGUUCUUCUGAUGAGGUUGAUGCUACAAACUACAAAGCUUGACCAUAACUUAAUUGGAAGAUGUUUGCAAAGACACGCUGUGAAGCCAGAUCCAGCACAGCUGUCCCUGUCUGCGUCCACCCCAAAGCUGUUGUACCUGACUUCUGCAAAAGGUUUUAGUACUGCUGGAGACCCACAGGGUGAGAGGAAACAGAAAAGAAGGGAUGCUUUCUCUAACACCGGCCGGAAGAUUAGUGAGCGGAUUAUCCGCGUCCUGGAUGAGAAGGGCAUGGACCUGGGGAUGAUGCAUCGAGCAGAUGUGAUCAGACUCAUGAACAAGCAGGACCUGAGGCUGGUGCAGAGGAACACCAGCUCAGAGCCACCGGAGUACCAGCUUAUGACCGGAGAGCAGAUCCACCAGGAGCGGCUAAAGCUCCGGGAACAGGAAAAGGCCAAACCCAAAACUGGACCAACUAUGACGAAAGAGCUCGUUUUCUCUUCAAAUAUUGGACAGCACGAUUUAGACACCAAGAGUAAACAGAUCCAGCAGUGGAUAGAGAAGAAAUACCACGUUCAAGUCACGAUAAAGAGGAGGAAAGAUGCGGAGCAGUCAGAGGAGGAAACGGAGGAGAUAUUUAACCAGAUUCUCCAGACUAUGCCUGACAUAGCAACCUUCUCAAGCAGACCAAAAGCCAUCAGAGGAGGGACUGCUUCCAUGUGUGUUUUUCGUCACUUGAGCAAGAAAGAAGAAAAGGCGUACAGAGAAUCCCAGGAGAGCCAGAGAAGAGACACUUUGAGCAAAGACGACGACGGAAACAGCAAAGAGUCGGAUGUUGUGUGUCAGUGACUUUAAUAGGAAAAGUGCAGGCCAGGAGCCUCUGCUGGCCGCCCUGAAGUCUUCCCGCCUAGCAGACAGUGAGUAAGGCGGCUGGCGGGGGCAGCUGGGCCUCUGGGCUGCUGCUGGACUCUGCGCUGGCGUUAGGCAAGGAGUAGUCGGGCUCUUGUUUCCUCUUAGGAGGGAAGUACCCACUGAGGCGAGAGGCCAAGCUGCGUCUCUCCCGAGGGGCUCUUACCUUCAGGAGUGAGGAAGACAGACAACUGAGUUGCCCAUUACACAACGGGGAUCCACUCCAACAGAUGAGCCCCUGAUGGGAGUCACACCCUCAGCAGGCACAGACACGCAGGAUGGGGUAUGCGGAUGGACAGACGCCAAGCAGGCCUCACAGCCGAGUGCUGGCCCCAGCAGCUGCCACUUACUUUGAGCUUCAUCCUCUUCUUGUCGGGAUCGUGCACGACACUGUGCCUCAUGAGACUCUGCUGCAGUGCAAGGGAAAGAAGGACGCUUGACCUGGGCCUGCAGACGUGGCUCAGUGCUUACAGCAUUCGCUGCUCGAGGAGGACACGGGUUUGGUUCCCAGCACCCGUACUCCAGUUCCAGUAAAAACUCUUGGUGUCUGCUAACCUUAAGAUGCAGUGGUCCAGUGUGCAAUAAUAAACUACCAGCUGCCUUUCUGUUGUGUAGUGAAUCUGACCUUCACCUGACUCCCUAACCAGAGCCAACUCCUUGGCAGAGCGAGCGACUGUCAGCCUGCUGACACGCAUGGGAUUUACUUCUUCCCGGUCCUCCUGAGAAGGGAAAGCCGGCUAUGCUUGAACAUCCAGGCUCAUGCUGGGGUAACUGAAUCUACCUCAGCUGCGUCCCUAAGUGCCAGGGGGAAAUCUGACCUCUGCCCUGCUGGCUAUGCUGACAGUGCUGACCACGGGACCUUUGCUGUGGGCUGGUCUGGGUUAUGUUCAGUGACUUUGUAAUCCACAGUAAGAGCUCUUUAGAAACCAGCUAGGCUUAGGCAAACUGUUCAGUUCCCUACUAGGAACCAUGUUCCCACGCGAUCCAUGAAUCAUGCCAAGAUUCCAGAGUCUAGAGGCUGUGCAUUUGUGCUACCCACCUCCUCUCCCAGACCCUAGGCGACGGUCAGAAGCUCCUAAUCACCUCAGAACAUCCUCUAAGUAGGAAUACAGGCCCCGGGCUCUCCCACUCAGCAUGGCUAGAAUCCCCCAGGAGUGGUUCUCAACCUGCUACUCAUGACUCCUCUGGGGUCAUAUACCAGAUCGCCUGAAUAUCAUUAUUUACAAUCCAUACCAGUAGCAAAAUUAUAGUUAUGAAGUAGCAACUAAAUAAUAUUAUGGUUGGGGGUCCCCACAACAUGAGGAACUGUUAUUGGGUCCCAGUAUUAGGAAGGUUGAGAACCACUGCUCUAGAGGUCCUAAAUAGGCCUGUUUAGCCUCCCAACCCCAGGGCUCCUGCAUUUCCAAGUUCUGCAGGCUGGACAUGAACACACCAGCCUGGAGCGGGAGACACUCACUUUCAUUGCGAAUGUCUUGCCACAGCCAGCGUGCUCACACACAAAUGGGCGCUUUUCCUCGUGGAAGGAGAGAAUGUGGCUCUGCAGGUUGAACACGGUUGUGUAGGUUCUUCCGCAGCCUUGCCGCGGACAGCGGUACACAUCCCUUUCCGGGGCGUGAGUCUUCAUGUGCUGCUUAAGGUAAUCUCUGCGCUUGAACAUCCUCUGACAUACAUUGCAGGUUAUGUCCUCUGGGAGGAGAAACACACACGUGUAACCAGCGUCCCAUGAGUAACCCGUCUGGUCCUAUGACUACACACAAUCUGGGGACUUCACAUGGGAAAUGUCAGCUUGUCUCACUGCUAUGCUGGUUUCAAAUUCCUCAAGUUCACUCAUGGCUCCCAACAUCCUGAGUCCUCGCCUGUCAAGGAGCAGGCGUCCUCGGUGUGAUAACUGAGCACGAGGAAGUAUGCCCUCAUAGCAUCUACCUUUACCCUCUGACACAGUAGCAUCUGCUAAGUCCUGCAGGGCCUCACGAACACCCGGGCACAGCCGCACCAGCUCUGAGGCCUGCAGGGCUCCCUCGACUGUCACAGCCCAGGAAGCCAGCACUACCCUGAACUCGAUGCAGAGCCCCCUUCCUUUACAGCGCAAGUGGGUAUCUCACUCUCUCAGAGUACACCAUGCACUCCCCAGAGCUCAGAGCACACACACCAUGGGCUCCCCGGGGUUCAGAGCACACCGGGCUCUCCCCAGGGCCGAUGCGCUUCCACAGCUCCUGCCUACCUUACCUUUAUGGGCUUCUCUCAUGUGUUUCAGGAGCUCUGUCCACGUUUUUCCCAUGAAAGAACAUCCCUUUUGACACAGGUAGCCUGUUCAAAACAAAAACAAAACAAGUUACCCACAGCCUGUUGAAUGCCCAGGGCAAUCCCUAAUGACAGCCAAGAAAGCCCGUGCCAAGUGCACUCCCCUCUCUGAAGUGUGCUGCUCUGCUGGGUGCAAUGCAGCGGGCUCCAGUGGCCCCUGCUCUGAAAGCUCCCAUCAGCCAGACUUUUGCACACUUGAGUGGCACAUAACCAGGUAGCGUAGGAACAGUAUAGCACCAGUGGACGUGGCAAAGAGGAUAGCGGCAAAACACACAGCACAGUGUCUCUUGGCAUAAGAGGCAAACACUCAAAUAACACAACAGGCGCUUGCUUGUCACAGAACUUUGUCUACUCAGCGUGACUACAGAAUAGACCCAGCCUACCCUGCCGGUGGCAUGUUCCUCGCGGCCGGCACAGUCCCCAUCUACGUACCCUCGUGAACUUUCCCAUGCCGUUUCAGCCUGCUGGGCGAGGCAAAGUGCUUCCCGCAUCCCUCGUGGGUACACCUAGGACAAUAGCAGGCAAAGCAUCAGCCAGGCCCUUUCCAUGGACAAUUCUAAGAUUCCCUCUUCUCCCACACCAAAGCCCAUGUCUUCCCACACCACACCUGUCAUCCAAAACAAAGAGUAAGUACAGUCCCGAAUAUGGACAUAGUGGCUUGGCCAGCUUGGGAGCAAAACAAGCCAUCCUGAGAAAAAGUCACAUCUUUUGUUUGUGUUAUCAAACUAAAAGUUCUCUGAAUUCUGGAAAUGUGGCUACAGAAGCGACAUCAAGAGGCUGUCUGACUCGGUUUGCACUGGACCAGACACAGAGCUGUUGUCUGGGGUCUGCCCAAUAUGCUGCAUACGGUCAGAUGAGAACACAGCACAGAGGCUGGGGACCAGCACCAGAAACACACGAGAAUGUACAGCAGUCGGUGCAGAGCUCCAGGCACUGGCAGCACAAACAGGCCACAGGGCUGCUGGUAAGACCUCGGUCACUGUAGCUGCACCAGUGCAAAGAGCAGCCUAUGGGAGCCAGGGGCAAGGCCCCAUCACCCGGACUGUGCAGGGAGACACUGCCCUAGGAGGGAGGCAGGCAGGUAACCUGGCACCCCUGCCCACCUCCUCUUUGUCCCUCUUGAGUACUCAGGAAUCCCUCAAAACAAGCAGGGCCUCAUUACUCCUGUUCUAUAGUAAGAAAAAAAAAAGCCCUCAUGACACAGAGCCUUCCUCGGGAUCCUGAUCUUAGCGUUCUACUCUGAAUCCCAGAGCGCUGGCAAAGCACCAACCUGAAGAGCGGCUCGCUGGUGUGCUGGCACUGAUGGGUUCUCAGCUGCUGGUGCUUCUUAAAGGCCUUCUUGCAACCCUCAUAACUGCACUGUUUAAAAAAAAUAAAUGCACGGUUUAGUACAGGCAGGGGAUCAUCAGUUGCUGAAGUCCUUUAAAAGGCAGGAGAGAUUGCUCAAUGGUUAGGGACACUUGCUUCUCUGGUCCCAGGUUUGGACUGCAGCACCCACGUGGUGCCUCACAACCAUCUGACUCCAGUUCCACAGGACCUCACACCCUCUUCUGACCUCCACAGGCACCGAGCACGCAUAUGGUAUAUAGAUACAUAUGCAGGCAAAACGCUUGCACAUAAAACCUUUUUUAACUAAACAAUAAAGUCUCUCUGGAUCUGA